ACCCGCGUUUAGUAAGUAAAUUCCAGCUCUCCUUGCUAGCCCAAAACCGUGUCCGCAUCGUCUUAGCCAGGGUACUCCUUGAUGGAGCACCUACAUACCUUAUCGUCAAUGACGAAGUUUCGUUCGCGUUUGCGUCACCCGCCAUUUGAUCAGCAAUUUUCAGCUCUCUAUGCCAACCAAAAAUCGUGUUCACAUCAUCUUAGCCAGGGUAUCCCUUGAUGGAGCAUGUACAUACCCUAUCGUCAAAGACGAUGAUGUUUGUGUUUGCGUCACCCGCCAUUUGCUGGGGCACCUCUUAAUGGAGCACGUACAUUUUGCCAAUAUUAGAAUUGUUUCCGUCCGCCCCAAUGACACCCACGGUAUUCACCUAUGUCACUUUCCCUCUCACCGAUGUCACUAUGGUACAGUCCACAGUCGCCCUCCUUCGGUCCCACAUCUCUGCGCAAAGCGGCCGCAUCACCGACAAAUGUCACCCGCCCUCGAUCGAAUUCACCAACCAGCCUGUGGUAUUUAUUCAUCCAUGUCGCCGCCUUCCUUCUCAUUGACAUCUCGAACGGUACGUCCGCAAUCGCCUUCCUCCGUCCCACACCUCCGCGGUAUUCACCAACUAGUCUAUCCAUUGAGCCCCACGUCCCCUAACUACAACAGCAGCAGAGCGACUACAUCACUGACAUACUCCCCAAUGUCACCCACAACCAGUCCGCGGUAUUCACCUAUGUCACCUUCCCUCUCACCGAUGUCACUGCAGUACAUCCUGCCUCUCCUAGAUAUCCACCCAGCACAACUUUUCAUUCGCUUUGCCAACCAUCCCUUUCUCGUGCUAUCCUCACUGCAGCUUUGUCACCCCCUCCGCUCAACCAAAUAUUCUCCACAGCUCCUGCCUAUUGCAAGUGUAGCCUCUGUCCCCCCCGCGUACAACUCAACAUCUCCACGAUGGCCACCUUCUAGCCCUACCCAUGUGAUACAAUGUAUCAUCGAAAACGAAGAUAUUCGCGGUUUGCGUCACCCGCCGUUUGGUAAACAAAUGUUGGCUCUGGAAUGGGUCGUCAACACUGUCGAUGGAUGAGGUGCCAUGGUUGACUUUAAGGGCGAAACCUAAUUAAACUUGCA